CUGCGCCGGCGUGUAGCCCGUCAGCUAGGUCGAAAAAUCACUGCCUCGUCUGAGAUGUCCUUAAAGAGGCCUGACUGAACCAGGGACAAGGUAGCUGCACAUAUACGAAGUGAGUGUUGUAUGCUGGCCACGAAGGGUUCUGGGUUCGGCUUGGACAUAUGUCACAGCAGGGGACCUGGAUAUUCCUGGUGGGGGUUGCUGAAGAAAAGGAGAAGGGUUUGUCGAGAACCAAAGCAGGUCCCGGGUAAGGUGCGUUGCAGCGGCGUACCUGCGGGCGACUGGUCUUUGGUUGGGUGUCCACUGCCCAGGCCAGACAUGGGGGGGGACCCGAUCCCAAUGUGCGCCGCGGCCCCCCUGAAGACCUCUGAUCUCGGACCGGAAGUCUGCCACUGGCACUUGGAAAUCCAGCCUUCGGCACUGAUAUUAGCUCCUUAUCCAGCCCCCCUUGACCUAAAUCCUGAAUAUAGGGACUGUGCAGCAUAUGUAUCCAUACCUACGCACAAUAUUCAAAUUCGAGCAGCCUCAAAGUCCGGUUCAAGUGCAAGUGCCUCUUACAAUUGGAGAGACCAGCGCUGGCAAAAACCACUUUGCUUUGUUCCUCACACUACACACAAUCGUCUAGCGUGUGACCAUGCGAGGGAUCGCCUGCGAGUAGGGAUGAUAUGCACAGCACAGAUGCGGAGUGCAUACCAAGAACCGAACCAUGCCCAGACGGGUUGCUGUGUGACUUGAAGGGGGGAAAGCUGGAAGUCUUGCAUGUCAUGCUAGCGCCUGUCUGCAGGUUGACAGGAGUGUAGAGCGGCGCGGGCAGGCAAACAACAAGAACCAGUCCUUAUAGCCCCUAUCGAAGCUAUCG